GGGAGGAAACACAAACGCCGGCGGACGCACAAAAGAGAAGAUAAAGAGAAGACGACGUGUUGCCGCUGGGAAGAAAUAUGGAUUUAUUUCACUUCUCCGUUUCUGACUGACGAAGGACGGAGCAAGUCAAGGCCUUCCUUCCUCCGCUCCCCGCCCUCCAGCUUCCUCCCUGCCCCCCAUUCCCCAUUGGCUGCUGUCCCCGUAGGUGGCGAUAAACAUGGGGUAAGGCACUUGGGACGAGACGCCAAGACAACACAAGCCGAGGAGGCCCACUCACCUGCACAGGUGGUGUCGAGUGCACAGCUGUCAUGGCGCUGCGGAGGAAGCUGAAGAUCACGGUGACGGUGAUGAUGGUGAACCUCUUCAUCUUCAUCCUCAUCUCCCGGAACGGCAGCCAGGACAAAAAUGCGAGCCGCAAGCCCCGCGUCCCCUCCAAGCCCUUCUGGGCCAGGCAGACCCCCAGCCCCGCUUACUGGAACCACCAGCAGCAGAUCCGGGACUUCCAGAACAAUCCCGUCCUGAUGUCCAACUACAGCGGGGGGGACAUGCCCGACUGGCUCAACGACACCAGUCUGGGCUCCGACCCCUGCCGGCCCAACCUCCGGGUGACCACUCAGGUGAAGGACUACAACUCUCUCCCGGACCGCUUCAAGGACUUCCUGCUCUACAUGCGCUGCCGCUCGUACCCCGUCAAGAGGGACCAGCCGGGUAUUUGCGAGGAGCCGCCGUUCCUGCUGCUCGCCGUCAAGUCCCUGGAGCCGCACUUUGACCGGCGCCAGGCCAUCCGCCAGUCCUGGGGGCGGGCGGGCGUCCUGGCCAACCGGACCGUGGCCACGGUUUUCCUCCUGGGCAACGCCACGGCGGUGGACCACCACCCAGACCUGUCCCGGAUGCUCAACUACGAGAGCGCACACCACAAAGACAUAGUUCAGUGGGAUUUCCGGGACUCCUUCUUCAAUUUGACUGUUAAGGAAGUGCUGUUCCUGGAGUGGAUCCAGACGCGCUGCUCGGGGGCUCGCUUCAUCUUCAAAGGGGACGACGAUGUUUUCGUCAACACCCAUCGCAUCCUGGACUUCCUCAAGGGCCUAUCGGGGCCCAAAGCUAGGGACUUGUUUGUGGGGGACGUUAUCACCAACGCGGGGCCACACAGAGACAAGAGGGUGAAAUACUUUAUCCCCGAGAGCAUGUACGUGGGGGGGUACCCUCCGUACGCAGGAGGGGGGGGAUACCUGUACUCCGGUGACAUCGCCGCCCGCCUGCACAACGUCUCCAAGCACGUGGCGCUUUACCCCAUAGACGACGUCUACACCGGCAUGUGUAUGCGGAAGUUGGGGCUGGCCCCCGAGAAGCACAAGGGCUUCAGGACCUUUAACAUAGAGGAGAAGUACAGGUCCAACCCCUGCGCUUACAAGAGCUUGAUGCUGGUUCACCCCAGAACGCCGCAGGAGAUGAUCCAGAUCUGGUCGUGGCUCAGCCGAGCAGACUUGAGCUGCCAGUGACGGCGGCCCAGCGGGGCCCGGCUGAAGACACGCAGAUCCCCGAAGCCAAAGUGACAAAUAUUUCCCUCGUGAGCAGGGUCCCGGCUUCCACGUUGGCAGCUUUAAGUUAGGACAUGGGUGGGAUUGUCACUCGGAGCCUCAUCUCGGCACGGCUCCAUCGUGGCCUAAAAGUAAGGAUGGAUUCAAAGUUGGCUCCCCUGUUUAGUUUUUUUUUUAAAAAUCUAAUCCUGCUUCGCCGUUGACCGAGCUUCACCCAAAGUGAUUGUCACAUAUUUAUGUCACAACUAUUUAUACAGCCUUUUAAAUGCUUUAACACUGUGUAUCGGCUCCGUGGUGGAGAUUCUUAAUGCUGUAUUAAACGAUGUAAGAACAUAAAUCCUGGAAGUGUUCACCAGUUACUCCUGUUUGUUUCAGCAAAGCUCACAGCAUCAUGAAAGGUUUUGGUUAAAGUGGGUGGUUUUCACACGCAGACGGAUAUUUCCGUCGGCUUCAGUAGAAGUUGCUGGUGAACACUUCCGUUGAGUUUUGCUGGAGGCUUCAUUCGUGCUGCUAUUCCCAUCCGUAUUCCCUAAAGUAUUUACUUGUGACUCACUCCAACUGAACUGGUUUCUCUCCAUGAAGACUCGUUCCCCCGUCUUUGACUUCAAAUUACAAACUGUUCACUCUCUCGAGCGGGAAAGUUUUUCAGUUUAUUCUCAGUCACUUAAUCCUGUUUAAAAUUCUCUGAUGCGCCGUUUAAGUCGUGCUUUCUGUCAUUUUGGUUCAACUGAACUUUAAAGUCCUCACACGGCUUCACAAUGGGGAGGUUUGGUGGAGUGAACACAGUUUUUCUUUCAGGGACCAGAGAGAGAUGUUUAGUUCAGCUUUGCUGGACCUGCUUUGACGUGGAUGGAGAAAAUCCAAAUGCUGUCCGAUCUGCUUCAGGUCUGCGAGGAAACCUGCUGACGUAAACCCCCAAGUGCAUCUUCAGACACGUGGGUUUUGUCCGGCUCCCUGAGCGGAGCUGCAUCCAGGUGCACAAGUUGUCUGCAAGUGUUUAAUGCUGCUUCCCAGUGAUUAAAGUGCUUUUUUUUAAAACAAACAGGUUCGGCAACAACACACCACUGCUACAUCGCUUCCAUUUCAUCACAAAUCUGCCUCUAAAAUGUUUACUGUUAACUUAGAUGCCUUCAUUUAAAAAGAAGAAACAAAAAAAAAAGACUACAUCUGUUUAAAAUAGACUUUGCUCCCUGUUUUAACAUCCGUUAAAAUCCGUUCUGCCUUCUUUUGAGGACCCGUACGUCGAUCAACAUUUUAAAGUGAAGGAUUCCUGUAUUCUGUAAGAGUUGGUGACGUGGUUUGUUACUUUCUAUCCGUGUAAAAUCAGGCACUCUAAAUGUACUGUUUUCAAGACUCAGAGGUAAAUGACAACAGAGAGAUAUUUAUAUCAGAGAUGGGUUUUUACCUCAUUUAGAGAUGAUUCACUCUGAUUUAUUCACUCAUAUCUGUUCAGAGACACGUAGGAGCAAUCCACCUUCAGUAUUUUGACUUUUGGUUGGAGUCAGAUGUUUGGUCUUUGUGUUUUUUGUUUUGUUUUGUUUGUUUUUCUAAGAAAGGAGAAGGUGAUGUUACAGCUUUGUUAGAGCUCCUCCUGCUGGUCGGGAUCGGAAGUUCUGGCCUCCUUAUAAACCAUGGUCUGUGUGACUCAAAGCUUUAAUCCAGAAGUUAUUUUAACAAUCCGUGUAUUGUUUCCCUCUUUGCCUCCUUUGCUAAAUGAUCACUCAGGCUAAGUUCUCCCUCUACCGGGGACAGGAAGCUGGGGUUUCCCACAUUCGGAGGAGGUGAAGUUGAUUGGCAACUCUUGGAUAUUAAUUGGACUUUUUGAGACCAUCUGUCUCCACGUUGGUUUAAACAAACACUAAUAAAAGGAGGUAAAGAGUUGAGGGGAGCGGUUUAUUUAAGUUUUGUCACACUUUCAUGAGUUUCUCUGUAGUUUCUUGACCCUCCCAACAUCAAUGCGUUACAUUGACUCACUGCACUCAGUUUGUCCACACGAAGUGUUUACAAGUUUAUCUUAAGUCAUCACUUAUUUUUUUUAUAAUCAUCACUUCUUUCUGAAUCAGAUUUGUUUCCUGUUGUACAAAUAAACUUCACAUUUCGCCUUGACAUGCCAUCACUUCAUGCUCAAGUGGAACCUUUCGCCGUCAGCUGUGCCUCACCUUGUAAUUUUCUGAAGCUUUUUAAUCAUCGUGUAACUCAGCCGUGUGUCUGAACCGUCAGUGUUUUCUUCUGUACAUGUUCUUGAGCUUCUGUAGUUGUUCCUCCCACCAGGAACGCCGUGGGCUGAAUGUAAACACGGUCUCAUCAACUCCAUGACUUCUUUGUCUCAUGUCCGUGUCAGCGGGGGCACAGUGCUAGACGGAUGUUGAUCAAACCUUUAAUCUGGCUUCAUUAGCGUCUAUUACUGAUGCCGAUCAUUGUUUUACAGCAACUGCACUGGCCUAAAAUGAUUACCAAAUCUUUGUCUGAUAUUGUACUGUAUGUGUAAGAAUGUCUUUUAACUGUGUUAAACAUAAUUGUUUAACAUAACUUGAUUGUCAAUAAAGUUCUAUUUUGUUGUUUUUGUA